AUGAGAGAGCUGGCUCCGGCAGCCUCUGAGCAGGUGCAGCAGCAGCCAGGUGGGAGUAGUGAUGCUGUGGAGGAAGAGGAGGGGCGAAUGGGGAUGAAGAAACUCUCUGAGGACAUGUACUACAACUAUGACGAGCUGUACUCCAGACCAGUCAUCACUGCAGACUCGGAGAUCCCAGAGAACCUCCUGCACCUUACGCACUCUUUUGGGUAUGACUGUGGGCGCAGGGCUAACCUGCAGCUGCUGGAUGAGCGAACGCUGGCCUUUGUGGCUGGAAACCAGCUCAUAUUCCUGGAUGUUCGGACCAAGGAGCAACGCUAUCUCCGCUCCUGCAGUGGGGGAGGCAUCGGCACCAUCAUGGCCCACCCCAGUAAUAGGUAUUUUGCUGUGGCAGAGAAGGGAGACCAGCCCAACAUCGUCAUCUAUGAGUAUCCCUCACUACGACCCUACCGCAUUCUCAGAGGUGGGACAGGGCAGGCUUACAGCUUUGUGGACUUUAACCAUGAGGGCACCCUGCUGGCCAGUGUGGGUAGUGCUCCGGACUACAUGCUGACCCUGUGGGAAUGGAGACAUGAACAGGUGAUGCUGCGCUGCAAGGCCUUCUCACAGGAUGUCUACAGGGUCACCUUUUCACCUGACAAUCCUGGGCAACUCACCACCUCCGGAUCUGGACACAUCAAGUUUUGGAAAAUGGCCAGCACUUUUACUGGUCUCAAACUGCAAGGGCUUCUGGGAAGGUUUGGGAAGACUGCCCUGACGGAUAUUGAGGGUUAUGUGGAGCUGCCUGAUGGGAAGGUAGUGUCGGGGUCUGAGUGGGGAAACAUGCUGCUGUGGGACGGGGGCCUGAUCAAGGUAGAGAUAUGCCGUAAGGGGGGCAGGACAUGCCACGCCGGCACCAUCCAGCAGUUUGCUUUGGACGAGGGGGAGCUCAUGACCAUCGGCUCCGAUGGAGCCAUUAGGGGCUGGGACUUUGAGAGCAUUGACACAGCAGACUGUAACGAUGACAGCGGUCUGUUUGAGAUUGAGCCCAUGAACGAGAUGGUGAUUGGACGCAACGUCAGCCUGUCCUCCAUGGUCAAAAGCUGCCUGCCAGACUCCUUCAUCUGGUUCGCCCAGGAUUCCAAUGGAGGCAUCUGGAAACUGGAUCUUUCAUUUUCCAACAUUACCCAGGACCCAGAGUGUCUGUUCUCCUUCCAUGCUGGAGUGAUCCAGGGAAUGGAUGUGUCCAGCACUAGCCAUCUGAUGGCCACCACCACUUUAGACCGCUCAGUAAGGAUUUUUGACUUCCUUGCAAAGAAAGAACUAACAACUAGCCGCUACAAACAAGGUGGAACAACACUGACCUGGGCGCCACGCCGGGUGAACCCUAGUGGAGGGCUGGUGGUGGUGGGCUUUGAGGACGGGGUGGUCCGUCUGCUGGAGCUCUACAACCCCCAGAGUUUACGAGUGGUUGCCGGGCGCAGUCGCUAUGGAGAUGCCGAGCUCCGUCUCAAACAGGCCUUCAAACCCCACAAUGCCGCUGUGACGGCCAUUGCAUAUGAACGUAACGGCGAGAUCCUAGCUACUGGGAGUAUGGACUGCACUGUGUUCUUCUUCACUGUGGGGGACAGGUAUGACCCCAUUGGGUUUGUCACAGUACCAGGACCUGUACAGGGUCUGGAGUGGUCCCCCCAGUCACAUUGCAAGAACACCCUGCUGGUCCUGUGUAGGAGUGGUCAUGUAGUGGAGGUCCAGUCUCCAGACCCAGAGGCCCAGAACCACGGCACCACCUACCACAUCUCUGGCCUCCCCACAAGAAACUUCACCUUCAGCAGCAUCAAGUCACACAUCAAGCGGGAGGAGGAGAUUGCGCGCAGGCAGGCUCUGAAGGAGAAAAAGCAGAAGGAAAGAGAAGCACAGCUGAAGAAAGCCAAGGAGGAGGGCCUUGAGCCCACUGAGGAGGAGCUGCAGGAGGUAGAGGAGGAGGAAGAGCUGCCCCCUCUUUAUACCCCUGACCCCCCCAGCCCUCUCUGCUGUGGCUUCUACUCUCUUCCUGGUGCCUUCUGGCUCUCCAUGGGAGGCUAUGAUUCGGGGUUCCUGUACCACUGUAAGUUUUCCGAGCAGCAGGGUGAGGACCUGUUACAGCGCAGGGAUGAGCCGUUCACCUUCCUGCCUGUCCAGAAUACAGACGAGGACCCCAUCUGCACCAUCACCUUCAGCUCCAGCAGGCAGCUGUUGCUGUGUGGCAUGCAGUCAGGCAGUGUCCGGGCCUACCCUCUGCAGCCACCUGACUUCCACCUCACAUCCAUGCAGGCCUUCUGGGCCCUCAGCGUCCAUGACAACCAGUAUGGACAGCUGCGCCAGCUGCGCUGUAGCUUUGACGACCAAUUUGUCCUGACGACAGGGGAGGACGGCAACAUCUUCUCCUUCAGCCUACUGCCCCAGGAGGACCUGCUUAAAGCCCUGCAGCGCAGCAAGGCCAAAGUCCCCUCACCACGGGUUGGCGUUGAAAUGGAGGGUGUGGCCCAGGAUAUCGAAGACCCGUCGGCAUACAGCAUUGAGACGGCUAAGCAGAAGUUGGAAAUGGACCGUAUGCGUCGGGAGGCUGAGAUGAGGAAGGUGGAGAGACGUAAGAUGCUGGCCGAGCUGCAGAACCAGUUCAAACAGCUACUGGAGAAGAACCAGGGUCUGCCCGAACACGUCCGCUUGCACCGCACGGAGUUGGAGCUGGAUUGGCGGUUCCGUGAGGAGACUGAGAGGAUGACAGCCCAGAGGGUGAGAGAGGCCAGGAAGGAGCUGGCCUGGGAGGAGGAACGCCACCGCAUCGGACUCCAGAAACUACAGGAGAGGUUCUGGGAUUCUCUUGAGUCGGACACAGUUACUGUGGUAGCGUUCCAGAGUGACCACAGGAUCUCCACCUAUCGUCUGCUGGCACUGUCCCAGAGGUUCCACGAGCUGAAACAGAGGGGAAGGGUGGGGGGCCCGGGGACAGUGGGGCAGGAACGUUGGAGGAACAAAGCCGAGGCUGGCAAAGACAGUUCCAACAUCACAGCGGACCAGGAGGACCUGGGUGAGGAGGCUGUUAUGGCGCCCCGUGUGGUGCGUCCAGGGGGCAGCAAGCUGGCUGGCCGCCAGGCAGAGAAACUCCGCAAGGCUACGGAGAAGGCAGAGCGGGCCCGGGUUAAGAUAGAGAAGAGGAGGAAAGAGUGGGCUGAACUGUAUGCCACAAAGCCCAAUGAGAACUGUGAGGAUCCGGAAGAUGUGCGAGCCAUCCGAUUGGCUACAGAGAACAUGGGUGACUUCAAGCUGAAGACUGCCAAAGACUUUACGGUCCCAGAACACCUGAGGAUGAACGCAGAGAAGAAGAGAGCUCAGCUGGUCCACUUAGAGGAGAAGAUCCAUGAGAGGAAGACACAGAUGAACAGUCGCAUAAUGGCCCUAAGGGACACUAAGGUGAGCCUCGUGUCACGCCUGCGCUCCCAGGCCCAGCAGCUACAGGCUGUCCAGGAGCGCCUAGCUCCUCAUUUCUGCAGCCCUGCCCCCACCCUGCCCUCCCUGCUGCCCGAGGAGACCCCUGAGACGAAGCUACGCUACACCCGCACCACCCUGCAGCGCUACGGGGCCCUGAGGGCUCAGAGGGCCUGUACUCGUGGCCAGGAACUAGAGGGGGGGCAGACUCUGCUGGAACAGCUGGAGGCGGAGGUAGAAAAACAGGAGGAGACCCCCUGCCAUACACCUGCAGAUAGGAGAGAGAGGGAGGUGGAGGAAUCUGGGGUGACCGAGCUGGAGGAGGAGAUGAGGGAGGUGGAGGAGAUCAGGCUGCUGUAUGAAGAGGAAUCCCUGCUGGAACAGAUGUCAUCGUCAAGGUGGCAGUUUGAUGCGGAGCUGUGCCUGCUGCGUCACGAGAAGCUGUGGCUAGACAUCCAGAUGAAGCUGGCUGACCUGCGCCAUGUCACCCUGUUCCAGGAGCUGCUGCUGCUCAAAGAGUUUGAGAAGAGAGAGAACUCCUUGCAGGAGAGACUCAAUGCCUGCGUGGAAGAAGAGGAAGACCUCAGGUCUAAGUUGGAGGAGUGUAAGCAGGCACUGGAGCUGAAGCGGAGGGACAUCUCCAAGCUCCAGGAGAGAGAGAGGGCCAUAGCUGCCACCUUCCAGGCCUCUCUAGGGGAGAACAACAAGUUUGCUGACUUCCUCACCAGGGUCUUCAAGAAGAAGAUCAAACGUGUCAAGAAGAAAGAAAAGGCCGGAGAUGACGCGGAGCAGGAGGACAGUGAUGAAGAUUCUGAUGAAGAGUCUGACUGGGAUGAGGAUGAGGAUGACAGUGGCUCAGAGAGCGGUGGUCCUCUGGAUGACAGCGUCUGCCCCCCAAACUGUAACUCAGAGCUGUUUGAGAACACGGUGCAGCUCCGUGAGCGUCGUCUGGACCUCGAGGAGCUGCUGGUGGAGGAGAGGAAGACUGCAGACAACCUGAGGAAGGAGUGUGACUCCCUCGUCAAGAAGGAAAAAGUGGUUCAUAGCAGUCUGAAAGCAGCAGAGGGAGACCUGGAGCUGUUCAACAGAGAGAAACAACAGAAGCUCAAUGAGCUGGAUGUGGUGGUUCCCCUCAGACUGCACCAGAUAGAGUUUGUGAGCAAUGGGGUGGUACCGUGCAGCCUGGCCCCAGCACUGGUGCUGAACACAGUGGCAUUGGGAGGACUACAGGAGAGGAUUAAAGAACUGCAGGUGGAGAAGAGUGAACAGAGAGACCUCUACAGACAGGCCAGGCAACAGCACGUCCAGCUCAUUCACGACCGCAAGGACAUGGAGGCCAAGAUACAGAGUCUGGAGGCGCGCUGUGAGCAGCUGAUGCUGAUGAAGUUUGGGAAGCUAGUGGACCUGGAAGCCUUACAGACUCUGUCUGGCAACAGAAACCUGGAGGAGAUGAGACAGGAUAGCAGAGUCCGAGAGGCCGCUUACACACAGGAGGUCAGACAGUGGGAGGUGAAAGUGACAGAGGCCCGUCAUGCGGUGACAGAGGUGACAAGGCAUCACACCGAGCGUCUCCUCAGUAUGAACAGCUUGCUGAGCCAGAAGAAAGAAAUGGAGGACAAACUCAACACCAGGCAGAGCAGGAUGGGUACCCAGUUCCAGGGCCGUCGGCAUGCUGAGGAGGACGAGAGGCGGAGGCUGUACCAGCUGGUCCAGAGUCAAGCUCAGGAGGCAAACGCCCUCCGCCAGGAGAUCAACAUCCUGUCCAGAAAGGGGGGUCACAUCCUGCCCCCCAGCCAGGCCCCAUUGUCCCCCCUGCCCGACGCCCCAUCCCGCUCCACCCGUACCAACCCAGAGAGGCUCAACAGACACUUCAAACUGGGAGGGGGGCAUCCAUCCACCAGCAGCCAGGGGAUGGAAUAGAGCCUAAACACUCACAUUGAUAAUACCCACACAUAUUAUACAAAGAUAACACAUUCAUACAUUAACAUUAAUACCUCUCAUACUGUAUUUUUGCUCACCUGUCCCACACUGCUCCCCCCUCUUCCUCACACACGUACUUAUACCUAGCUGUAAACAAGACCUUUCAGAGAAUAAACUUGUUAGAUUUGAUUGA